AUGGACACUCUCAAGAAAAGGAACAUUGAUAGGGGGGAUCAAACCUGCGUGUUAUGUGGAGAUUGUGAUGAAACGGUUGAACACCUUUUUACUUCGUGUAGCCUCUCUUCGAUGGUUUGGUCUAUUAUUUCCUCGUGGUGCAAGAUUCCGGUAAUUUGGGCGUUUUCGGUGAAAGACCUACUGGAAUCUCAUGAGUUUUCCGGUCUCAAUGGGAAGAAAAAGGAGAUUGUUCAAGGCAUCAUUAUAUUCGGGUGUUGGUCUAUUUGGAAGGCGAGGAAUGAUUUUAGAUUCAACGAUAAGCCCGUGAAGUUGGAAGAUAUCAUUAGAGAUAUCAAAUCGUAUGGUUUUUUCUGGUUUAAUGCUAGAGUAAAGGAUAAUAAGAUCAAAUGGAAAGAUUGGUGUAGUUUUGUAAACAUGUAA